GGACAUUAGAGUAGUAGGACAGUGUUGUAGUUUGUAGAGAGCAGCUGAAGUGAGCUGUUCUCUUUGGUUUCUGCCUUGUUCUCGUUUCCAUUUUGCAAAAAGAAAGUUUACCAUGGCUAACAGAAACUAAACAGCUGCUCCGGCUUGUUGGAAAUCCGAGGAACUCAACAUAGUGAUGCUUGAUCUGGCCGGGGAGUGAAGCACAUUCCUGGAGAAGUUAAGGGUCGCUGUGUUAGGCAUAUGACAGCCGACUAACACCGACCAAGCCCGACGAGAUGGUCUGCAGCCCGAACUGCCAUUACUGGAACGGCUGUGGACAAGGAUGUGUGUUGCGAUGGUGAUCAUUUACAAGAAAACAGUGGAUAAAAAGGGCGGCGACGAUGUAACAUCAACACGUACGGACUUGGGCACGGCGCAGACAAUGAGCCAGGGAGCGGCACUUUUUUCUUGUGGACUCAUGGCAACUUUUGACCACUUUGAAAAGGGGGUUUCUGCUCUGUUUGUUACAGAGACGAGCCGAUGGCAUGGGGUGGGGACCAGCUGUGCCUUGCAGCAGCGGCCUGUUGGAACCAGCCUGGAGAGCCUGUGGGACGUCCUGCCUGAGGUGCACCGAACUUCUGCCCACUGGGGCUGGGAAAUCGGCUCCACUUCCAGCACCAUCUCCAGCUUGCUGCAGGACCUCAGUCUGACGGAGGCCUCACACUCCACAGCUCCCCCCUGCAAGCGCCAGUGCCGGUCCCUGUCUUGCUCCGACGAGCUUGGCAGCUGCCGCUCCACCUGGCGCCCUCAAGGCUCCCGGGUGUGGACAUCAAUAGAGAAGAGGAGGUGCUACAGCGGAGGGAGCGUUCAACGCCUCGGAAACUCACAGCUCGGCUUACCGGCCAUGCAGCGCAGCUCCAGCUUCAGCCUGCCUGCCCGCUCUAAUCCCAUGGAGCCGCCCUGCUUCUCCCAGCUCCCAUCGAGGCCUUCCGCCUUCUCUGGCCUCACUCCCUCCUCCGAGCCAUCUGCCCAGCCCCUUUACCUCUCUCAUGAACAAAUCUGCCUCCCUGAGGCUCGAGAAUCUUCACCAGCGAGCUCUCCUGACUCCACUCCAGAACUCGAGCGCCGUGGUGGAGAAGGUGGCCUUGCCCGAAGUCGCUCGCAGCCGUGUGUCUUAAAUGACAAAAAGAUUGGUGUGAAACGCAGGAGGCCAGCAGACAGUCACAAACAGAGGCCUUCCCUGGAUCUGGCAAAGAUGACUCAGAAACUUCGGAAUUUCCACAGCCUUAGCUGCCCUGGUAUUACAAGUGACGACCCAUUAAAGUCAGCCCCGGUGGCUCAAUCUCUCAGGUCCGACACCGAUGACUUGUCUGAAAACGAGGAUGGCUUGGAGUUCAACGGGAACGAGUCGUCUGACGCCGAGUGGAACUCCGGGGGCCGUGGCGACGACACAAAAGCGGGAACGGCCGGCGGGAAGGACGGCGAGACCUUGUGGGUGGGGCUGUGCAGCAUGACAAGGGACAUGUAUCAGCUCGGCGGAGAGCUCGACAUCGAGCAGAUUGAGAGGAACUGAGCUGAGCUGCUUUUUCCUCCUCCGGGGGGGGAAGCUAAUUACAGGACUGGAAGUUUAUCACCAGGUGGUACAAUAAACAGUGCUGAUAGUCUUAAGGACAAAGCAAGAGGGAAGAUCUUGCAGAGCGCAUUCCAGGGCGUUAAAAAAAAAAAAAUUCCCCCUGAGACUGAGCAGGAGUUUUGUGCUUUAAAUAUCCAUGUUUGGGGACUCUGUGUUUAGAGUCGACUCCCCCCACUGUGCGAGGUCUCAGGAGAAAACGGAAGUCAGGGAAGAAGGAUCUGAUGGGGAAAUAAGAAAAACAAAAUAGAUAUUAUGACAUCACUCUAACCCUGAAUAGCCUAUAUGUGCUUCGUUUGGAGAGAAUUCACAGCAGGUUUGUAUAAAUUCUCUGCACUAGAAAGAGUGUCUUUAUUUUUCCUCUGACGUUCCUCACUAGCAUAUAGGUACAUGGAGACGAAUGAACACCACUUAACGCGCUGCUGUUGAAGCUCCGUUCACAUUUACUGAGCAGUAAACACCUAUAAAGCAUACAGAUGAGCUUAACAUUGUACUCAGUAGCUCCAGGCUCAACUGUUAGAUCUGAGCUACUGAAUAUCUGAGAUGCUAACUGUGUUAAUGGUCUUUCUUUAUUACGAUUUAUAACUACAAAGUUAUGUAAAACAUGAACAUAAUUUCUAUUAAAAAAACAAGUUUAAAAGUUUAA